AUGGCGGCGCCGAUCGGCAGCAAGCCCGGACCCCUGGGCGCUCCCAGCAAGCCCGCCGGCCCCGAGCUCGAUUUCAGGUCCGGAGCCCGCACGGAGGAAUUGAAUAAACUCAUCCAGGAAUUCACCAAGCACGACCAGCGGGAGUACGACGACCAGCGAGCCCUGGAGAUCCACACGGCCAAAGACUUCAUCUUCUCCAUGCUCGGGAUGGUGCAGAAGCUGGACCAAAAGCUCCCAGUAGCCAACGAGUACCUGCUCCUUUCAGGCGGGGUCCGGGAAGGUGUGGUGGAUCUCGAUCUCGACGAAUUAAACGUUUACGCUCGAGGAACGGACUAUGACAUGGACUUUACCCUCCUGGUGCCAGCGCUGAAACUGCACGACCGAAACCAGCCAGUCACGCUGGACAUGCGCCACUCAGCUCUGUGCCAUUCGUGGCUCAGCCUUCGGCUGUUCGACGAAGGGACUAUAAGUAAAUGGAAAGACUGCUGUACAAUUGUGGACCAUAUUAACGGGGCUACCAAUUAUUUCUUCUCUCCUACGAAAGUGGCGGACUGGUUCUAUGACUCCAUUAGCAUCGUUCUGUCCGAAAUCCAGAAGAAGCCGCAGCGAGGGAUGCCCAAAGUAGAAAAGGUGGAAAAGAACGGAACUAUCAUAUCCAUCAUCUUGGGAGUGGGCAGCAGCCGCAUGCUGUAUGAUAUUGUCCCCGUGGUGUCUUUCAAAGGGUGGCCAGCGGUGGCCCAGAGCUGGCUGAUGGAGAACCACUUCUGGGAUGGGAAGAUCACAGAGGAGGAAGUCAUUAGUGGGUUUUACUUAGUGCCUGCCUGUUCCUACAAAGGCAAGAAGGACAAUGAGUGGAGGCUGUCGUUCGCCAGAAGCGAAGUGCAGCUGAAGAAGUGCAUCUCCAGCAGCCUGAUGCAAGCCUACCAGGCCUGCAAAGCGAUCAUCAUCAAACUACUCUCCCGCCCCAAAGCCAUUAGUCCAUAUCACCUGCGGAGCAUGAUGCUGUGGGCUUGCGACCGGCUACCAGCCAACUACUUGGCUCAAGAGGAUUAUGCUGCCCACUUCUUACUGGGCCUCAUUGACGAUCUGCAACAUUGCUUGGUCAAUAAAAUGUGCCCCAAUUACUUCAUCCCCCAGUGCAACAUGUUGGAGCACCUGUCCGAAGAGACGGUCAUGCUGCAUGCCCGGAAGCUGUCCUCGGUCCGCUCGGAUCCUGCAGAGCACCUCCGAACUGCCAUUGAGCAUGUCAAAGCUGCUAACCGGCUAACGCUGGAGCUCCAAAGGCGAGGCAGCACUAGCAGCAUCCCCUCCCCGCAGUCAGACGGAGGGGACCCCAACCAGCCUGAUGACCGAUUAGCCAAAAAACUGCAACAGCUGGUGACGGAGAACCCGGGGAAAUCCAUCUCCGUCUUUAUCAACCCAGACGACGUCACGAGACCCCACUUCCGAAUCGACGAUAAAUUUUUCUGA